UGUGUUUGAGGAGUUCUAAUCACCCAAGAUUACUUACAGCUGCGGUGAUACUUUCAGAGGCUGUAGGACACCGCCACUGCUUCCAAACCUGUACGAGGCCAAGAAUGGACCGCAACCUCCAAAUAACUUUUUUUUGGUGGAUUAUCGUCCUUAUCGCAGUUUCCACAUUCAAAGAAAGCCGGUUAGGCUCCAGCGCAGCAAACUCCCACAUCCCACGCAGGACUCAUGGUGACAUCCGGCCUCAACUCACAGCGGUCAAACAGCAGCAAAGCGCGGAGCUUAGCGUGCGGCCUCGACCUGUCGUGGUCAACUGCUACCCGGACUCGAUGGAGGUUGUGAUGCAGGCUGACAUGUUUGAUACGGGCCUUCAGGUGGACGGCAGAUAUCUGCGCCUCGGCUCACAUUCAGUGAGUGAAGGGAGCGCAUGUGGAGCAGUUCCAUCAGGAGAGGCGGAAUUCAGCAUCCGGGCCCACCUCAUGGAUUGUGGAACUAAACUCUCAUCGACAGAAGAGAAGAUUAUCUAUUCUAAUGUUCUGGUCUACUCACCUGAACCUUCAUCUAAUGGUUUGCUUAGACUGGAUGGAGCAACUACUCCAGUUGAAUGUCAUUAUGAAAAGAAGUAUGCUUUGGAUGGCAUUUCCCUGCAUCCCACAUGGGUUCCUUUUGUCUCCAAGGCCUCAGCAGAGGAUCGGAUAGACUUCAAUCUGCUAAUCAUGAACGAUGAUUGGCAGUUUGAGAGGGGAUCUUAUUCUUACUUCCUGGGUGAGCCCAUUCAUUUUGAAAUUUUUGCCAUCAUUCGUAACCACAUGCCCCUGCGAGUCUAUGUUGACCACUGCGUUGCCACAGCAACUCCUGAUGCAGAGGCUACAUUAAGAUAUGACUUUAUCGAGCAUUAUGGGUGUCUUGCUGAUGCUUACCUAACAAACUCCAGCUCCCGUUUCCUACCAAGAGUUGAAGAGCACAAGUUGAGAUUUCAUCUUGAUGCCUUCAGGUUCUACCAGGAGCCCAGCAAUCAGGUCUACAUAACCUGCUACGUGAAGGCUGUUCCAGUCGUGUUGGCUGUCAGCUCUCAGAACAGGGCCUGCUCUGUAAUUGAGAACAGAUGGAGGUCAGUUGAUGGGAAUGACCAGGCAUGUAGAAGCUGCGAUAUCGCCCAUCGAGUUGAGGAGCCUCUGUCCACAGAACCCCCUAAAACUACCGUCAGCACCAAAGCAUGGUCCUCCGUGACUCCACAGGAGAGUUUAGGCCAGAACAGAGCCGAACAAAAGCCAGCCAGUUAUUUCCGUUUUCGUCCAGGAAUGCAGCACAGCCAAGACAACAAACCUCAGCAAUCCUCUACUCGAUUGAUGAAGAGAGGAGCAGAGUACAAAGCAGGAAUUGUAUAUGUCCUCUGGGCAUGCGGAGCGUUGAGGAUGGCUCUGCGUCAUCGUUUCAACCAACGCAUCUUUCAGCGUACUAUCCACAAGUGAAUCGUCUCGCCUGCGCCCUGUUUCCCAAGCUUUACCAUCGAUUCACCGGAUCACUCCCCUUUCAACGCAACAGCGAUGCUUUUCUACAAAUGCCAAGCACUGGCGGUGUUCACUGUUUGCUUUCUGGUUCGGACAGUUGUUUAUUCCAUCCGAAAAUGUGGACAGGACAUUUGCCGGGAUGACCAGGUCUGUUGCGCGCAGGGAAACAACACCACUGCCGUCACCUGUUGCAAGCAGUUCGUGGACAAGACUUACUACAACAUCGCCAUGGUCACCCGGAAACUUUCUGGGGUGCUUAUUAUGCUGCUUCUCUUCGCUGUGGGAUACUUUGUCCAGCGAGCGUUGUGCUCUAAAACCAGGCAGCUCACCCCGCCACACAAUGGACAUCCAACUGUUACCACAUCACAAGAACCGCUCAUGGAGAGCUGUACACCGGACAGCUCGAUGAAUCCUGCUCCUGCUUCUCAGCUACCCUCAUACGAUGAAUGCAAACGUCUGCCGACAUACGAAGAAACAGUGCGGGAUGGGAGCAGAGGAGUCCAACAUGGGACAAGCUACAUGACAAGGGCGUCGGUUGGAUAAAUUGGGGCUUCACCAGCACUAUAGAUUCGACAUUUGAGAUUGUAUUUUACAUCAUUAUAAUGGACAUUUAAGAAAUACGAAAACAAACCGCCCCGCACUUUGUGUGGUAUUCCUUUGCAGCAGCCUGACCUGUGUGCCUCUGGGCGAAAUAUUGAUACCUACUGAUGGCCAACGAUUAUAUCGCUCUUUGCACCAUUUGUUCCAAGGCAUGUAUCAGCGAGCGUUCAAAUUUGGUUCCAUUUUCUAACUUCUUUAUUAAUGGCUUUGCUAAUGUUAAUAAAUAACCUAUAGUAAUGCUUUAUAAAUCAGUAAUAAACCAUUUAUAAGAGCAACUUGGGGGUUGCCAAGGCGUGAAAAAUGGCUUUGGCUGGUGUGUAUUAUCCUCCAGCACACUUGCUUUGUCUUUUUGGCUCUUUUAAUUAAUCAGGACUAAAAAAACAAAAGCUAUUUAUUAACAACGUAUCAACAUUUAUAACUGCAGACUUGUUAGAAAGUAAACAUGAUGAUUUAUUAAUGGAUUACCAACAUUUAUUACCAAGUUGAAAGGAUAAGUUGCAGUCUCUUUAUUUCCAAAACAUAUACACUUGUCUUUGUUACUUAUCUCGUUGAUAUUGAUGCUGUAUCAGUGAGAUGCCUCUAUGAACCCAACGGUUUCAUGUAAAUGUCGGGAGAUAAUUGAACUCUGUUUAAUAAUUGAAAGAUGUGCUGCGCACCGUAAAAUAAUUUCUACAGUAACUUAUUGUGUGUGUAUGAUACUCAGCAGUGCUUUUAAUGCACAGUAAUAGACUUCAUGGUAUCUUGUGUUUCCUGUGGUAUCCAUAUCAUAACAACUAGCCUAAUAUUUUCACUCACUCUUAAGUAGCCUGCAAGAUUAUGUAGUUGGAACUGGGAUAGUGUAUAUGCGCAUAAAAGAAAUGUAUAGACUUAACCAAAAGGUCUGAUCUCUUAACAUAUAAUUUAUUGUUGGUAUAAAGGAGUUUAUAUUUAGAAGAAACUCAUUCAAUUAAUUUGUCAGAUUGUCAAUGGUUCGAAAAUAGCACAUUUGAUAUAAAUAAAACUUAAUGUCUGCUAUUCGCUC